UAUACUUUGGACCUCCGCCCCGUCGGUUUUUUUAAGAAAAAUGGCUGUGAAGCUGUCAAAAGCUAGCUUGUUACCUUCUUUAAAUAAUGAUCGAAGUGAUGAACUAAAUUUUCGGAAAGAUGAAAUUGAACACUUUGAAAAUUUAUUGAAGUUUGCCGCUUCCAUCUGUCCUUCUUCAGUAGAACCAAAGACGAGUAGUCAGCAAGUCGAGGAUAUAGAAAAGGCAAUAUACAAGCUUUCUGAGUGGUAUUCUCUUCAUAAUUGUCACUCUAAGUUGGAAACCAUGAUUAAGUCAAGUCGGGGAUUCCUUACGAGAUUAUCUAAAUCAAAGUCGGGGAAGUUGAUGCGGACUAUGGUGGGAUCUUAUUUGGAUAUGGAAGGCAUAACCGUUGCCAUUGCUAUUGAUCUUUGCAAAGACUGCGUCGAGUGGUGUCAGAAAGAAAAACGCUCUUUUCUUAGGCAAUCCGUGGAGUGCCGCUUGAUUGCUUUAUACCUGGAAAACAAAAGCUACACAGAGGCUCUUGGUCUAAUCAAUAAAAUUACUAAAGAGCUAAAAAAGCUGGACGAUAAAGCUUUGCUUGCGGAAGUCCAUCUAUUGGAAUCCAAAGCUUAUCACUCGCUGUCCAAUUUGACCAAGUCGAGAUCCGCUUUGACCUCAGCAAGGACCGCUGCUAACGCCAUUUACUGUCCUCCUCGCUUGCAAGGUGCUCUGGAUCUCCAGUCCGGCAUACUAAAUGCGGAAGAAAAGGACUUUAAAACGGCCUAUUCGUACUUUUAUGAGACUUUUGAAUGUUACGAUUCCAGCGGGGAAGCCGAGUUGGCCACGACGCCGCUCAAGUAUAUGCUUCUUUCUAAGAUUAUGCUCAACCUGCCGGAAGACGUAGAGAGCAUCAUCAAUAACAAAAUUUGCAGCAAAUAUGCAGGAAAACACAUGGAAGCCAUGAAGGCGGUGGCCUCCUCGUUACGCGAUCGCUCAUUGGAUAAAUUUAAAUCCGUCUUGGCCGAGUACCCCAAUGAGUUGUCGGAGGACCCAAUCAUUGUUUCCCAUUUGACCGAUCUUUACGAGACAAUGUUCGAGCAGAAUCUUUUUCGGAUCAUCGAACCGUUUUCACGAGUCGAAAUAGCGCAUAUUUCUGCGCUUAUAAAUAUUCCUGUUACUGUUGUAGAAGAAAAACUUUCCAAAAUGAUUCUAGACCAAAAGUUUGCAGGAGUGCUUGAUCAACGCGCUGGUUGUCUCAUCGUCUAUGACUCAAAAGUCGUGGAUGAAUCCUAUUCCGUCGCUUUGCAAUCGAUUAUCCAUAUGAACAAAGUUGUGGAUUCUCUCUACGCCAAAGCUCAGCAGCUCACCCACUGGAACUAAUUCUUUUGGAAUUUGUUAUAA